CGGGCAACACCGGCAAUGUUGCCAGCUCAGGAGGCAGCCAAAAUCUAUCACACCAAUUACGUGAGGAACUCCAGAGCGAUCGGUGUACUCUGGGCGAUUUUCACCAUUUGUUUUGCUAUAGUGAACGUGGUGUGCUUCAUCCAGCCUUACUGGAUCGGGGAUGGGGUGGACACCCCCCAAGCCGGUUACUUCGGGCUCUUCCAUUACUGCAUCGGCAACGGGCUCUCCCGGGAGUUGACCUGUCGCGGCAGCUUCACCGACUUCUCCACCAUUGCGUCCGGGGCUUUCAAAGCCGCGUCUUUCUUCAUCGCGAUGUCCAUGGCGCUCAUCAUGGGCUGCAUCGCCUGCUUCGUCCUCUUCUUCUUCUGUAACACGGCUACCGUCUACAAAAUCUGCGGCUGGGUGCAACUUACAUCUGCUGCCUGCUUGAUCCUGGGCUGCAUGAUCUUCCCAGAUGGCUGGGAUUCAGAUGAAGUAAAGCGCAUGUGUGGUGAAAAAACAGACAAGUACACACUUGGUGCCUGCUCUGUUCGCUGGGCCUACAUUCUGGCGAUUAUUGGAAUCCUAGAUGCACUCAUCCUUUCGUUUCUGGCAUUUGUCCUAGGCAACAGGCAAGAUGGCUUACUGCCAGAAGACUUCAAAGUGGAUACCAAAGGUAUGAUUUCUCUUCACAGUCAUAUUAAACCACAGAAUUAUGAAAAUCACUUUAUUCAAGUGACCUGA